AUGUCGGAAUCGGUAAAAUCAGAUAUGUCCAAGGUCUUACAACGUUGGCUUAAUAUCAAUCGACAUCUCCUUGCUUGCCAACCUUUGCAACCAUUUUCUGAGGAUAUCGAAGCAUUUUCUAGGAUAACCUUCAGGCAGCGCUUGGAAAAACAGCUUACUGAUAUGUACUACACAAUGUACUAUCUUGAUCCUAAGAACUGCCAUACAAAUCUGCAACCUCAGCUACAGAGACGUGUUAACAAUGUUAUCUCUAAAUAUUAUUCUGAUUCAGCGUCUGCGGUCGCAGAGUUUGUUGCUUUUCGAACUAAAAGCGGAGUCUUCUUUGAGGCCCCAUGUUGGGACCAUACAGCUGACCCAAAACUCUUUUGGAGGAUGCAUCAAUCUGUCUCUGGAGUUUCCUCAGGUCUUGCCAAUCUAGCUCUUCGAUUCCUAAAUGCGACUGCAAAUUCGGUAGCUUCUAAACAGGCUUUCUCCAUACAGAAUCUACAAAUCACAAAGAUAAGGAAUCGACUCACAAUAGAGCAUGCCGAUAAGCUCAAUUUUAUCUACAUCAAUAGUCGCGCGUUGAAUGAGAUUAUGUCUAAUCAACCAAACACCGAGGAGAUCGCGGUGCUCGAAAUUGAGGCUGAGAACGACUUUAUCGAUACCUGGAAGAUCAGUCGAUCUGUUAUGGAUUUGGAAUACAACGAUAGAGAGGAAAAAAUUGAGGAAUCUCAGGUCAGCGACGUCGCUGGGCCGCUUAUUUUGAUCUGA